GAAUUUGCCUAUUUUGAUUGCUUAUGGAGAUCAUAGAAAUUUCAAGAAGUGGAUUUUUUUACCUAGUUCUACUGAUAUUCUCAUGCCACAGCUUGAUAUCCCCGAGUGCAGCAAAAGACACCCUCUCAUCAGGGCAAUAUAUUACCAACUCUGAAACAAUUGUUUCAGAAGGCGAAGUGUUUGAGCUGGGAUUCUUUUCCCCUGGGAAUUCAGCCAUUUACUAUUUAGGUAUCUGGUAUAAGAAAGUCGAGCAGCAAACUGUUGUAUGGGUGGGAAACCGAGACUUUUCAUUUUUCACUUCUUCUGCAGCUCUUACAGUUAGUGAUGAUGGUAACCUUGUGAUUUUGGAGGGCAAGAUAUCUUACAAGGUGACAAAUAUAUCACCGUAUAAGAAUGUGAGUGCUACAAUUUUGGAUACUGGAAAUCUUGUUCUGAGAGAUGAAAACUUGAAUCUCUUAUGGCAGAGCUUUGACUUCCCUUCUGAUACAUACUUGCCUGGAAUGAAGCUUGGGUAUGAUAAAAGUUCAGGAAGAAAGUGGUCAUACGUGUCUUGGAAAAGUACUGAAGAUCCUAGUCCUGGAAAUUUCACCUUCAUGUGGGAUGCAGAAACAAGAUCGAUCGUAAUCAUGAAUGGUUUACAAAUUUAUUGGAAGUCUGGGGCUUGGAAUGGCCAGAUUUUUAACAUGACUCCCGAAAUGAAGUUGAAUAAGUUAUAUAAUGUCACCUAUGUUUCUAACGGGAACACGACUUUUGGCACCUAUCAUCUCUAUGAUAAAAGUGUUAUUUCUAGGGAUGUAAUGGAUAUAUCAGGCCAAUUGAAACAAUCAUCGUGGCUAGAAAGUUCAAAACAAUGGAAGACCUUCUGGUCGAAACCAAGAGAACGAUGCGAAGUUUAUGCUUUUUGUGGGGCAUUUGGGAUCUGCAAUGAGGAGCCUUUACCAUUUUGUGAUUGCUUACCUGGAUUCGGACCACACUCUCAGGAGCAAUGGAAUAAAGCAGAUUAUUCUGGAGGGUGUACUAGAAGAACUGAUUUGCAAUGUGGCAAUAACAAUAAUUCCCAGGGUCUAGGAGAUGGAUUUAAAAUGCUUCCCAAAGUGAGACCGCCACAGAGUCCAAUGGCUGUAGCAGUUCAGAGCAUUGAUGCCUGUCGGUUAUCUUGCUUGAAUAACUGCUCAUGUGUUGCUUAUUCUUAUUUCGAUAAGAAUUGUACAAUCUGGGGCAAGGAUCUUAAUUUAAUAAAUAUGCAAAAACUGUCAGAUACAGAGGCAAGUGGAAGAGAUUUUUACCUCAAACUUGCUGGUGCUGAUUUGGUUACUGAAACAGAUACAAAUGCAGAACGCAGAAGAACUAAGAGGAAGUUGUGGAUUAUCAUAACACCAACCAUUACUCUGACAAUUCUUUCUUUAUCAAUGCUCAUCUGUCGAGUGCAAAGGAACAAAAGCAGAAAAAGAGGGGAGGACUUGUUAUCAUUUGAUUUCAGCAUUAGGCUGGGAGCCACCGAACAUGAUGAGACUGAACCAAAAAAGCCCAGGAAAGAUAACAAGGAAGUUGAGAUUCCACUAUUCAAUUUUUCUAGUGUAUCUGCUGCUACCAACGACUUCUCUUCCUCAAAUAAACUUGGAGAGGGUGGGUUUGGACCUGUAUACAAGGGAAAAUUAUUAAAUGGACAUGAGGUAGCUGUAAAAAGGCUUUCAAGAAGAUCUGGUCAAGGAUGGAAUGAGUUGAAAAACGAGGCAAUGCUUAUCGCUAAACUUCAACACAAGAAUCUUGUGAAACUUCUCGGUUGCUGCAUUGAAGGAGAUGAAAAGAUUCUUAUCUAUGAGUAUCUGUCGAAUAAAAGCCUGGAUUUUUUCCUCUUUGAUUCAACCAAGCAUGGUGUACUUGAUUGGAGAACUCGCAUUAGCAUCAUUGAAGGAAUUGCUCAAGGUCUACUUUACCUCCACCACUUUUCUAGGUUACAAAUUAUUCAUAGAGAUUUGAAGGCCAGCAACAUUUUGUUGGAUGGAGGCAUGAACCCUAAAAUUUCAGACUUUGGAAUGGCAAAAAUUUUUGCAGGAAAUGGAUCACAAGCAACCUGUCGGAUAGUUGGGACUUAUGGCUAUAUGGCUCCUGAGUAUGCUUUGGAAGGCAUCUUUUCAAUUAAAUCAGAUGUCUUCAGCUUUGGGGUAUUGUUGUUAGAGAUUUUAAGUGGCAAGAAGAACACUGGUUUUUAUCAGACCAACUCUCUCAACCUUCUUGGAUAUGCAUGGGAUCUUUGGACGAGUGGUAGGCCUCUAGAACUGAUGGAUCCUGGGCAACGAUCUAUUUCCUCUGCCUAUGAACCAAUGAGAUACAUCAACAUUGGCCUUCUUUGUGUUCAAGAACGUGCAACUGACAGGCCGACCAUGUCCAGUGUUGUCUCAAUGCUGAAUAAUGAACUCACCAUUUUACCGUCCCCAAAAGAACCAGCUUUCUCAAAUGUGAGAAGUGUAGGAAAUCCAAACACAUGUCUUGGCAGCAGGGCAGAGAAUUGCUCCGUAAAUGAGGUAACAAUGUCAGAUAUGGAAGCUCGCUAAAACUUCAAACUUCGAACCUGUAUUGUAAUAUAUUACAUACCGCAAUAAAUAUGCAACACAAGGAAACGAGAGAUUCGAACCUGAAAUAUGUAUUAGGGACUAUAACUUACAGAAAAAAGUAUCCAUUUUGUU